GGGUAGACGCAGUCAAUCGGUGCCUCACAUUUCCUCCUCCCAGUGGAGCUCGUAGAGUUCAUGGUGAAACAGAAAAAAAAUCGCUUUUAACUGGAAAUGCCAAUGGAAUUGAACUUCUGGAUAUGUACACUGUCAUAUCGAUGUGAAAAUGGAAGUCCAAAUAUUUCGCUCUACUUAGAAAUGUGUUUAAGUUUAAAAGCCGUGCGUAACUGUUUCCUGGAUAAUUGUCUCCUUCCAUGAGUAAAUGAAGCGAGCGUCGUGGUGAGAAUAUGAGCUAUUGGUCUGCUAUCAAAGCAUUUUUUAAGGUAACCUAAUGCCACGUAAAACAGUAUCCGGUUAUCUUAAAGAAACUUUAUAAAAUAGGUGUUCAUUUAACGAAGCGCAUCUUGUAUUUCAGCAGCAUGAGAAGGACUGCGCUUCUUCUUUUCUUAUUUACCUCCUUGCGCAUUUGGAUACAGCUGCUACACAGAACACGGCGGUGAGGACAGAGACAUAUCAUUUUGGAAACUACACCCUUAAAAAGUGAUUUAAUCAAGUGUAAUAUAUGUUCGUGUCUAAAAGGGUACAGCACAGCAGGUGAAGUAAACGUCACUCUCUCCCCGCCCAUGAAGCGCCUGUAUGACAUAUCUGAAGCGAAGCAGGGCUUCCACUCGGGAAGAUGACACAGGAGGAGAGGAUCAUCUCAAGAAUUGACACGGAAGCCGAUUUCUCACCACGUCCCCAUAGUUUCAAGAUAACCUUUCUGGAGAGGAUAUAAUCAAAUAAGAACAUCAAUGUUUUUUUUUUCCCCCGAGAAGAGCAGAUAAAUGUUUUAUAUUUUUUAAAGUAGAAAGAAGCUAGAAGCUUUGGCGAGAAGUAGAAAAGAUCAUUCACCAGGGUGAAAUAUGGAACGUGGAUUAUUCAACCACUUGUUCUCAGCGAGGACCGCUAUGCUCUGUUGUUUCUUCUUAUGUAAGUCAAUUUUCUGUCAUGAGAAGACCCACUCACAUGCGGAGGACGAGCUCUUCAAGAAGCUCUUCAUCGGAUACAACAAGUGGUCCAGACCCGUACCCAACAUCUCAGACGUGGUCAUCGUCAAGUUCGGACUCUCCAUAGCACAGCUCAUUGAUGUGGACGAGAAGAAUCAGAUGAUGACCACCAACGUCUGGCUGAAACAGGAGUGGAAUGACUACAAGCUACGCUGGAGACCGUCUGACUACGACAACGUCACCUCCAUCAGAGUCCCGUCUGAACUCAUCUGGGUCCCAGACAUCGUCCUCUACAACAAUGCAGACGGUGAGUUCGCCGUGACCCACAUGACCAAGGCCCACCUGUUCUACAAUGGGAAGGUGCGCUGGGUUCCCCCGGCCAUCUAUAAGUCCUCCUGCUCUAUAGACGUCACCUUCUUCCCCUUCGACCAGCAAAACUGUAAGAUGAAGUUUGGCUCUUGGACCUACGACAAGGCUAAAAUAGACCUUGAACGCUUUGAGAACACUGUGGAUCUGAACAACUACUGGGAGAGUGGAGAGUGGGCCAUCAUCAACGCAGUGGGAACAUACAACACCAAGAAGUACGACUGCUGUCAUGAGAUCUACCCUGAUAUCACCUACUUCUUCAUCAUCAGACGGCUGCCUCUCUUCUACACCAUCAACCUGAUCAUCCCCUGUCUGCUCAUCUCCUGUCUCACCGUCCUGGUCUUCUAUCUUCCCUCAGACUGUGGGGAGAAGAUCACCCUGUGUAUCUCCGUCCUCCUCUCCCUCACCGUCUUCCUGCUCCUCAUCACAGAGAUCAUCCCUUCCACCUCCCUGGUUAUCCCUCUGAUUGGAGAAUAUCUCCUCUUCACCAUGAUCUUCGUCACUCUCUCCAUCGUCAUCACCGUGUUUGUCCUCAACGUCCACCACCGCUCCCCGGGGACCCAUAAGAUGCCUCGCUGGGUCCACUCUGUCUUCCUGGACCUGAUCCCCAGGUGGCUGUUCAUGAGGCGGCCCGCGCCGGACGGACGGAGACGCAGGUUGUUGAUGCUCCAGCAGGGGGCAGCGGUGGCACAGCACCAGGGACGGACCAUUAACCCCAGACCAGCAGGCCUAGGCCUUCCUCCCUUCCUCAGCACCUCAGCCAGCUGGCUCCGGGACGGAGGAGGGACAACGGAGGACCUACAAAGACGGACCCUUUGUUAUGAGGACCUUGAGCUGGGGGAGCUGACUUCUUACUUCUCCUUCCGUCCUCCGUCACCCAGACCUCCAGGCUCCACCCCUCCGCCCCAGCAGAACCAUCCACACCCAGGGGCAGGGCAGCCUCAUAACCGCCUGGAUGGAGGGGUUGAAGGAGGAGGAGGUGGGGUGAAUAGAAGGGUUAACCCGACCCAGCGACCGGCUAACUUGGUGUCAGACUCUAGAGAGAUAGAGUUCCCUCUGUCUCCCAGCGUGAUACGUGCUCUGGAGGGACUGCACUAUAUCGCAGACCACCUGAGGGCAGAGGACGCAGACUUCAGUGUGAAGGAAGACUGGAAGUACGUUGCCAUGGUGAUCGACCGUAUCUUCCUGUGGAUGUUUAUCAUUGUGUGUCUCCUAGGAACCAUUGGACUCUUCCUCCCUCCCUGGCUGGCUGGCAUGAUAUAGGACCUGGACUCUU